AUGGAGCAGUUACAGAGCAUUCAGAAUACUCUUGAUGAAGGACUUGAUGUGGAAAAGAUUACCGAUAGAGUGCAUGCCUUUCUCAAGGCGCUCCUCUUCUAUGAAGAAGAGGUUCUUACCUUCUAUGAAGAAGAGGUGCUCGAAAGACUAGGGAGUUUAGAAGAUGAUGCAUUGAAGAAAGCUAAAGAUGCAUUACGGACUGCUAAAGAUGCAUCGAAAGAUCUAAGAUCUGUCACUCAACCUUUUACCAGGUAUAGUGGUCCUUCUAGGCUAGAAAACAUCAUCGAGUAUAUUAGUAGUCUGAUAGAGAAAUCCAAAGAAUCUUACAGAUCAUUCAUUGAUGCGCUUGGGAAUGUUGUAAAACAUAUCGAUAGCAACAUGGAAAUUUCUGUGGAUGUUUUAGGAACGGCAAAGCAGAUAUCUGCAAAAGAUGCUAUUUCCUCUCUUCUCGGAAAAGAAGAGUCUUCCAUUCCUGCCAUUCACAGCAUCAAGUCCUUUACUGAAGAUAUGCGUAAAAUAGGUACCGGCUUCCUGGAGGAGCAUCUCAAACCUAUCAAGAAUGCCAUUUCUGAGAAUAUAUCUAAGGUAGAAAAAAUUAGAGAAACGAUUAGGGACAAGGAGGUUUCUUACAGUCAAAGUGAAGCGAUCCAAGAGGCCUUGGUUGCUCUCCAGGAAAGUCGUACAAAGAUUGAAGAGUUAGAUGCAAAAUGGAAAGAGAUACUCUGCAAUACAAAGGAUUAUAGUGGGGGGAGAGGGAAGGCAAUUCUUACCGCCAUAUUUGAGGAACUAAAGGAAAAAUUAAAGGAUGCGAAUAGUAAAGCAUUGGGCUUGGAAAGCGUGAUUGCUUCCUUAGGUAAUGCCUCUGAAACGGGAGACUCUCAAAGGGAUGGCAGCAUCUCCCAGGAAGAUGAUUCUGCGAAACUUGGAAGCCCAAGUGCAGGAAGUAGCGUCCCUUCACCUUCUGAUACAGCAAAACUGGAAGUGGGUGAUAAGGCAGCACUGGACUUAGAAAGCAUGGAUGUUUCCUUAGGUAAUGUCUCUGAAACGGGGGACUCUCAAAGGAAGGCUGCCGAAACAAGGGAUGACAUAGAAACUCGCACAGAACGGUCCUUCUCUGGCAUGAAGAUUGUUAGCAGACUCGGCACAGGGAGUUUUUUUGGGAACCUAUGCCUUGUGUUUAUGGUUGUCCUAGGCAUCCAGGCCCUCCUCUGGGGCCUUGGGCAGCUGGAUACUGCAGUGGGGGUGUCCUGGAACACUGCACUCUACUCGGUGGCCGUGGCAGGGAUCAUUGCAUACCAGUUGUGGGUGCUCAGCAGAAGCUACCGCACGGAAGGAGUGUCUGGCAUGCUGAGGCAGGACUGGAGUGCCAUUGGGUGCAUGGUGCCGAUGAUGGUUGGGCUUCCUCAUGCAGGGAUGAUCCGGAGUGGUGUGUACAGCCUGACGAUGGCGGCGUCUGGGGCAGUCAUGCUGUAUGUGCAGGAUGCCAUGAGGUCUGGGAUGUCCCUGAAGCAGGUGUGUGCAAUUGGCGGUGGGAAUCUCGUGCUGGCGGUGGCAUGCCUUGCUGGGUCCAAGAAGCUCUUCAUGCCCGGGGCGUGUGGACUGAGCCAGCGCAUCUGUGUUGGGCUUGUUGUGUUUGUUGCUCUGCUGGUUGUUGUGUCGUAUGCCGAGAAGGGGCGAAGCGGAGGCAAGAAGUACAGUUCUACGGUUGGAAGUGUGGUGUUUGUGAUGACGCUGGCCGCUGUGACCCUUGGAUCAUGGGUGUGUGGGCGUGACUGCCAUGGGGUGUAUGAGGGAAGCACGGAGAUGACGGGGGCGUCUGUUUUGUGA